GCAGAGACCGGAGGUUUAAUAACUCUCAUUGGGCGGUAUCUCGCCUGCGCAACUCUGUCAAAAGUGCAGUUAGAACCCUAAUCUUGGCAGAAUGGAGAAAGCCUAAUAUGCACUAAGUUCCCGGCUACACCGAGCACCUGCUACGUGUCUUCGUUAUCGUUGCUGUGUACGCACGUAGUACGUACUGUGUGUCAUUGUGAUCAUUGCUGUGUGCGCACGUAGUACGUGCUAUGCGCACUAAACGUACUUUGUGUCUGCUAUGUAGGCACUAACUGUGCCACAGUGAAGGAAGUCAUUUGGGACUUAGUCGUUGCUGCAAGGUUGCCACUGUGAGUAAAUUCGAGUUGGGGGAUUUACUCCAAGUGGCUCUCUGCCAAUAGGCAGGCUGGCUUCUGCAAAUAGCAAGCUUGCCACUCAGUGCAUCGACACGGUUGUUCGACAGUCUGGUUCUGGCAGCAGCCCCGCACUGUCGUUGCUGAGUCCCUCGGUGACGAAAUGGAGGCUUUAGAGGGUCCCAAUAUUGAUUACAGGGGUGUGACAACGAAAGAUGGCGUGAGGGGUUUGGCUGCAACUGACGCUAGCUUCAAGAAGGGAGUCGAACUCUGCGCGUCUUCAAAGCUGGAGGAAGUGCAGUUGCUGGGAGAUGAUCUAUCGCAAGGGACUGCAACAUGCGCAGGAUCCAGUGCUGGAGAUUCGUAUAUAGUCACAUUCAAGGUUGAGGCGACAGAAAGUGGCUGGCAUACAACUGCCUCGUGCUCCUGCCCUGCCGCCGCAAAUGUGAAACCUGGCCAGAUAUGCAAGCAUUCUGCCGCGCUUCUCCUACGCAGAGUGAAUGAGAUCAACAAGAGGAGAUCCUCAGGAGCGAUGAGAACUGACGGCAACGCCAGAAAAGGAAAGCUGCAAUCGCUCAACACUUGGGUGGAACCUUCCUUGAGCAAAAGAGUGGCGGAUUCCGCGGAACCACCUCCCAUCUCCAAGUUAGCGGAAGAUGGCCCGGGCUUGUCGACUGACGAUCCAGCGAGGGUUUCUAUACCAAAGCCUUGUCAAUCAGAAAACGCAUCUCCCAGGACCACAAUUGCACCGGGAAGAAGGAUGCUCCCGAGCUGGAUGACAAAAGAAGUGGCUCCAUUGCCGAAAACGAAGCGAAAGGGAAGCAAAGCCGCUGCUGAAGGUGAUGAUGACCUGCAGGACGGAAGCGAGUCGAAGAAGUGCAGAGCGCGUGGUGCUGCAAAGCGAGCGCUGACCGCUCGGCCUCCGGCACCGAGGAAAAGAAAGGCUGUGGGUGGUUUCAAGAUAGACAGCGACAGCAGUGAGGACGAUCUGGACGCUAGUCCCUCGUCGACCAGUCGGCAAGCAGGCAGGCAACAGGCCAGAGACGAAGAAGCCGCAGUUCACGGGAGUAGAAGGAUACAAGAGGAGAACAUGGAAAACAGCUCAGUCCUAUCGAUAAUCGACGAAAAAGUAGGAGGGCGGGUUCAGAAAGCCGCUGCGGCUGCUGUUGGUAGGCGGGGGGUGUUCAACCAAAAUCAGCAGAGGCCUUUCGAGGACGAGGAGGGUGGAAAGGACGUGCAGAAAAAAAGGAAUCGCCGGAGAGUGCACAGGGUUGAGGAAGAGGAUGACGGCGAACGGCAAGCGGCUGAGGAGAAGGAGAAGGAGAAGGAGAACGAAAGCAAUGCGUCUAGUGAAAAUGGGAGAGAGAGAACGAGAAGGGAUGGUUUGCGCCAUAGCAAGGGCUUGGGAAAAGCUAGAGGAAGAAGGAACGAGGUUAAGAAGAGCCGCAAAACACGAGGAAGAAAUGAUGACGAUGACGAAGACUGGCUGGACGAUAACCGCCAAGGAGAGAAUGUGCGUGAUGCAAGCGAUGAUGAUAAUGAUGAUGGUUUUGGGUUCAGCAGCGAGGACCUCCUUCGCUAUGCCCAGGAGCGACUUGGCCAGCAGCAGGGGGGCACGCAAGAGGAAGUCCUCCCAUUGGCUGGGAAGCAGACGUGCCGCCAGGGUGCGGCGGAAGAGAAACCGAUGUCUGCGAGCGACAAAGGGGAAGUCAAACGGUCUAAGGAAACGGCAAACGUGUCGGAUGCGAGGCGGAAGCCGGUGUCCUUGUGGGAGAGGCUGCAGAGUACCCAAGCGCCUUCGCUGAGGUUUAAUCUAAACCAAGUGUUGGAAGACGCCGAUCGAAUGCGUAAAAGCAAAGAAGAGAUGAAGAACAAGGACGUGACAGCAUUAGACAAGGCUGCCACCAUUGGACUACAUCCAUGUGUAUUGGGACGCACAAGUGGCCGCGGCGGCGGACCUUCUCUGCGUGCGACAGGUGGUCUAGCCGAUGGUCCUGAUGGUGAACCUGCUAGUCAAGAAUGGGACCGAAGCGAGAACUCUGGUGUAUCCGUGGACGCAAGAAAUCCUUUCCCAUCGGAAAUGAGAGUGGGUGAGGAGGAAAAAUACCACCGUCUCAGUGAUGACGUGGCCGCUGAUCCCGAUGACAUAAAGCACAAGGUAGUGAAGGGGGAUGGAACUGAAGAUGGAGGCCCUCCUGGAGGCAGGUUGGGACACCUAUGGGGUCCCGAUAAGCUCGAGAACUCGGACAAUGAAAACGACGACGAUUUGCUGGGAAUUUUCCUUCCCGGAUAUCGUAGGUCACGAAAGACGAAGGGUGUCGAUGCCAACGCGACCAGAGUGGGCGUUGAUGCCGAUGGUGGCAGGUCCAUGCAGGUUCAUACGCAAACACGCAGCUCGCCACCAAGAACACUAGAGACAAAAGCUCGAAAUAUCGAACAACAGGACCUUCCUUUCAGCAGAAGCAUAUUGAUGGCUCACACUUCAAAUUUUUCGGAGAGAACCAAGGAGUCGUUGUUUGAAGACGUCGCUGGCAACAAGGGGGUUGGAUAUACUGGCCAGGCUAUGGGUGUGAUGAGGCAUGGCCAGGCUUCUUCAUCAUCAGGGCUGGGGAAUGAGGAAGGUCGCUAUGAUGGUGGAAGUUACAGCUUUAAUCGUGAUGGACUUGGACAUUCGUCUGAUGAAUUGAGGAUGGGAUCCGGAUCAGAUACGUCUUGCGUGCAGAACUUGGUAGGUGUCCCAAGUAUCGCGACUAGUGACACAGGACCGCAGAAGGCAAAAGAGGCGCCAAAUGACAGCAGUCAGCCGCAAAAGAAGAGCAGCCUGAAAGAGAGAUUGAUGAAACUUGGAAUCGGCAGUUCCGUGUAAUAUAAGCCGGAUUCAGCGCCCGCCCCUCCCCCCCCCUCAAAAAAAAAAAAAAAAGAGCAGGAUUCGGUGCAGAGGCCAAUG